GCCUGCCCUCAAUCUGAAGUUACCCACUAUGCGUAGAUAAAGAAGCAAGCGGCUCAACCAGUUCCCUUUUUUCUUUCCAUUCUUUUCUUCGCCUUUGCUCUCUCUCCACAUCGGAGAGAGAGACUCAGGACUGAGGCUGGAUUUUUUUUCUUUCUUUCUGUUUUUCUUUCUUUAGAUUCUACUUUGGGAGCUAAUAUUUAAAGUGCCUUCAGGAUAUUUACUUAGCAAAGCAGGAACCCUUCGCCUCUGAGUGCAGCAUGGGGUCUGAUGAUUCGUACAAUUUUGUCUUUAAAGUGGUUUUGAUCGGAGAGUCUGGCGUAGGAAAGAGCAACCUUCUGUCUCGCUUCACCAAGAAUGAGUUCGCCCAUGACAGCCGUACCACCAUCGGUGUCGAGUUCAGCACACGGACCGUGCAAAUUGAUAACCUCACCAUCAAAGCUCAAAUCUGGGACACGGCUGGCCUGGAGCGCUACAGAGCUAUCACCUCAGCGUAUUACAGGGGAGCAGUUGGAGCGCUGCUGGUCUAUGACAUUAGCAAGCACUUGACCUAUGAGAGCGCAGAGAGAUGGCUGAAGGAGCUGUACGACCAUGCAGACCCUCACAUCGUGGUCAUGCUGGUGGGAAACAAAAGCGAUCUGGACACUCUCAGGACCGUACCCACAGAUGAGGCCAGAGACUUUGCAGAAAAGAAAGGUCUGAUGUUCAUGGAGACAUCAGCGUUGGGCUCCACCAAUGUUGAAGCAGCUUUCAGUGAAGUUCUCACAGCGAUCCAUAAGAAGGUGGCCAGCAGAGAGGUGACCCGUGGCUCCAUCAGUGCUGUGACCCUCUCCAGCCCCCUUGGGCCAAGCAGCGAGGCACAGGAGGAGCGCAAAGGCUGCUGCAGGAGCUAAUAACAGAC